UCUCCCCCCCUCACAGAGACGUGAAACCGGACAAUGUGCUGUUGGAUGUCGGAGGGCACGUGAAACUCGCAGAUUUUGGCUCUUGUUUGCGUCUCAAUGAGGACGGGCGGGUCUGCUCCUCGUUGGGGGUGGGGACCCCAGACUACAUGGCCCCCGAAACGCUGCUGGCCCUGGAGGAUGGGACCCAGACGUAUGGGGCCGAGUGUGACUGGUGGGCUCUGGGGGUCUGCGCCUACGAGAUGCUCUUCGGAGAAACGCCUUUCUACUCUGAGUCCCUGUCUGCCACGUACAGCAACAUCAUCCAUCACAGGGAACAUUUCCGGUUCCCGGACAAGAUGACCGGAGUGACUGGAAAAGCCCGGGACUUGAUCCGGGGUUUGCUGUGUGAGCGAGAAGAGAGGCUGGGGCGAGAGGGACUGGCGGACUUCGAGAGACAAGAUUUUUUCCAAGGGGUUCCCUGGGGGAACAUGGCUGACUGUUUACCCCCUUUCAUCCCACACAUCACACAUCCCACUGACACCUCCAACUUCGAAGUAGAGGACGAGAGUUUAACAUUCUCGGAAAACUCCCAUCCACCAUUCCCAGGGCCUUUCCAAGGAAUCCAUCUCCCGUUUGCUGGAUACACCUUCUCAUCUCUCAGACAUAGCCAGACCACUCAGGAGAUGAAGGGGACACAUGCGGGCGACAUUGAGCUUGGCUCCGAUACACAGACCGUCUUCCGGAGUGUUCCGGGUGCGUCGGAGGAGGAAAUGUUGAAGUUGAGGAAAGAGAUGGAGGAAAUGAAGAUGAGGACAAACCUGAGUCCCACACCUUUCGACCCCCAGGACCUGCCACUGCCCUUGGAGUUGGACAAUGUUUGGGGGACAGACUGUGCCUUCAGUGAGACAGUCUCCAGCUCACCAGUGGUGAUGCCUAUUCUCCGCCAUCUCAUCCUCUUCGCUGGGGUUCUUAAGCCGAGGCGAGCUAUGAAGGGGUUCCGCCUCCUGUGGCUGGCUGGAACUCGAUCUUCGAUGACCAGCUAGAGACUAGGACUUCACUGAGUGUCUCUCGUCAUAAAACUAUCCUUGUUCACUGCUUUGUUAAAGAUUGUGUGUAAUAUAACUAUACAUUAU